AUGUCACAAGAAAAAUGGAAAGCUUCAGAAGAAGAAUUAGUAUCACCCACAACUGUCAUACCCACCAUUACCUUUCAGGAUGCACCACCAACGCUGCCAACCUUACGAUCGCAAUCUUUUGAAUUACCGAGAGGAAAACAACAAGGUGUUCAUGCUCACUUCGAUAAAGCAUCUACAAUUAGACCCGGUAUGAACAAAAGCAGUAUAUCACACAGUGAAGGAUAUUCUCUACGUAGACCAUCUGUGGCAUCCCGUAAAUCGUUCUCAAGAUCAGUAUCUUCUUUCUCACUUUAUUCACAUUUUGCUGGUGAGAGAUUCAGUCAUAACAAGAGAAAAGACAGCCGAAAGCUAUCUAUGGACACGUCAGAUGUUGAAAAGCGCAAACAUUUAAAAGAGUCUUCCAGCACAAUGGAUGAUAACAGUGCCAAAAGUUUUGAUUCAGAUAGUGGGGAGUCCCCUAAAGCAUCUGUUGGGAAAGCCAUGGUCAUGUUUUUAAAAGCAUUUAUUGGAUCAGGAGUAUUAUUUUUGCCAAAGGCUUUUCAGCACGGGGGGUUAGCUCUGUCACCUAUUUUAAUGAUCAUCAUUGCCAUGAUUUGUUUAUUUGCCUUUUUAAGAUUGGUGAACACCCAAUUAAUUAUUGGUGGUUCUUAUGGUGAUAUUGGCGGUAUUCUCUAUGGCCAGUUCCUUCGUUUCAUUGUAUUAUUUUUUAUCGUCAUAUCCCAAGUUGGCUUUGUCUGCUCUUAUUUUAUCUUUGUCUCCGGUAAUCUUGUCAGUGUCGUCGAUGUACUUUCAAAUUGUUCUGCCGGAAUCGAACAGAAAUAUUACAUGUGGAUGCCAUUAAUUAUUUUAAUCCCUCUAGCUCUGGUACGACACAUUGCUAAACUGUCGUUCACUGCCAUCAUUGCAGAUGUAUUUAUAUUGUUUGGGUUAGUUUGUACACUUUACUUUACUGCAGAGCAGCUGAGUACACAUGGCAUUGGUCCCAACGUUGCAGCUGUCAAUCCAUCGAAUUUUGCUCUUAUGAUUGGAACUGCGACUUUUUCAUUUGAGGGAAUUGGCCUAAUUAUACCUAUCGUCGAAUCGAUGCAACGUCCUGAUAAAUUCCCCUUUGUCCUGACAUUGGGAAUGAUCAUUGUGUGCGUCAUCUAUAUACUCAUUGGUACGAUCUCGUACUUGGCUUACGGAGACACGAUUCAGUCUGCAGUAAUCUAUAACUUUCCAGAAGAUAACAUGGUGACGGUUACAGUUAAAAUACUGUAUUCUGUAGCAAUCUGUCUCACUGCUCCAUUGAUGCUGUUCCCAGCAUUGAAGAUUAUUGAAAAAUGCUUGUUUCAUAAGUUUAGCUCUGGUAAAGAUAAUGCUGCUUGUGUGCCGUUAUGUUUUAUCUUUCCGGGCAUGUUUCAUUUAAAGGUGUCUAAAAAGAGACUUGAUGUUAUUUUAAACGUUGCACUCAUCGUGUUUGGAGUUGCAGUCAUGAUAUUUACACUGGUAAGCUUCUUGCACUUGACAAAUGUUUCAACUGCUAUAUUAAUAUUUUGUUUCGUAGUACGUCAGUUUUGA